ACAUUUAUUACUAGGCAUUACUGCUCUACACAAAUGGUGGCAGCUUUAUUGGAAAUAGAUUUAUUAAUGUAUCCCAAAACAAAAUAUUUACCUGUAAGAGAAACCAAAUGCAACAAGAAGAUAUUAAUUCAAUUAAGACCAAACAAACAAUCUAAGUGGUUUUCUAGAGUAAAAGCAUAAAUCAGUUCUUAAAAGUAUAGGUCAUACUAUGUAUAUACCGAAAUAAUGCCAUGGUCAUAAUAUGCGAGAAAUAAAACAUGAUAAAAGAAAUUAAUUUUUAAUAUGGAACGUUGCUAUCUUACUGAGACUUGUUUGUUUAGUUAGUGUUGUUUCAACUAAGUACAUACAGUGACCUCUGAUAAUUGCAGACAUGCACUUAACACUCAGUAGUGUGGGCAUACCAAAUUUGCUGAAUAGCGAUAAAAAUUGAAUUGGUUUUUAAAAAUGUCUUCAAAUAGCAUAACAUACCGAAUUCUUGGAAUAAAUGACUUCAAUGAUGUCAUGAAUUUGCUUAUAACUGACUACAUUACAGAAGAGCCAAUUAGCAUGAUGUUGGGCAUCACUGAGGAGAUUCUGGGGACAAAUUUGAACGAGCGUUUGAAGGAAUAUUUAUCAGAAAAGUUCUGUGUUGGUGCGUUUGAUAGCAGAUCUAGCUGUUUGAUUGGGGUAGGAGUGGGAUAUACUGGAGAUAAAGAAAAAAAAUCAAUGAACUCGGACACAAGCACAAUUCCAGUUCAUGUACGUCAAACUGACGCAGUCUGGAAAGAACUUCUCGAUGGCACCAAAGAAGAGCGCUUAGGCACUAAGAAUAUUUUUCAUUUGUAUGUUUCGUGUGUAAAAUAUGAAUACGCAGGACAAGGUAUUGCAGCUGAAAUGUGUGAAAGAAUGCAAAAAAUUGCAAUAAGUCAAGGUUGCAAGAAAGUAUCAGCUAUCGCAACAAGCUACUAUGCCCAGAAAGUUUUCAAAAAUUUUGGGUUCGAUUUCAUCAAGUCAAUUUUCUAUGAGGAAUAUAUAGACCCAGUAACUGGCAACAAGAUAUUUAAUAACAUGCCAAAGCCUCAUGAAAAAGUAGUUUUUGUCAUGAAAAAUCUGUGAUUGUAAAUGUGCAGAGUGACCCAAAUAAACAUUACCUAUACAUUUUUCAUAAUUUCAAUUUCAAUAAUUUCAGUAACUUUAAGGCUGCAAUUAUCAGGGGAAUCCCCAUAAAGGUGUGUGUCCGAGCGAUUUAACAAUUUUCAACAAAGGACGGUUUCACAAGUUUGUCUCCAAUGCCAAGGAGAUCUUUUGGAACCAAUAUGAGAGAGAACAUAAUUUUUGUAUAAAGCUUCCCAGAUUUCUGAAAUGCUUGGGUAUAAUCAUUUUUAAAUAAGGCGAUAUUUCAUGCAGCGAUUUUUCUUAUGCGACAAAAUUUCCUGUGGCAAGAUUUCCUACGGCGACUUUUCCUAGAACAAUUUCAUAUAUCCAAUAUAAAUUCAGUUAUCAUAGAAAUAAUAACUCAUUGAUUCAUUAUAAACUCAUGACAUAUCUGAACAUUAAAUUGUUUCUGCUUUAUUGAGAAUAUUAUGUGAUAUGAAAUCAUUAUGUAUUUACUAAAUGUUGAAUUAAACAACAAAUGAUUUUUUGUUGGAAAUUGAUAUUAAAUUUAUUUGGAUGUGGUUUUGUCUAUAUUAUUCAGUUUAUAUAAGUUGAAGUAUCAGUUGUGCAUGGUAGAUGGUUGUCA